GCAGAACCCAGUCCUUUUCGCUGCAAUGUAAUUAGAUUUACAAAGGGUUUCUUAUCUCUUUCAUCCAUUUAAAUUCUCCUGCUUCGUAAUCCUGAAUGGUCUCAAACAUUCAUAGUGCCAAAUAAAGCUCUUAUAUUUUGGAGAUCAAAGCAUGGAUUUCAGAAAACUGGUGUUGCUCAUGCUCUGUCACUGAAAUUCAUCUUGGAUUGCCAGUGCCAAUUCAGAGAGCAGUAUUACUGUAGUAGUUACCUGUUAAAAUUAUUUGAGAUGCUUAAUGCCAAUGCAAUGCAGCAGCCAAAAGAAUCAGUUGCAGUGACAAGUUUAUUCAGCCCUCGUGAUGGAACCUGGCAGUCGAAGGACUCUUGUAUUACUGUCAGCUUAUCCAUGAUUGGUUUGCGACUUCGAACAACUGCAAAACCCUUCCUUUUCAGUGGCACUUUUUGACAUCAAAAACCUUGUUUCAAACAGUAAGUAUCAUAAUCCUUUUCUCCUUCCACUUUCCUCUGCAUUCAACUAUUUAUUAGCCAAACUGGUAUGAGAUUGAGGUAAUGAGUUGUGUCCAGAAGCUCUUUUGAAACGAUGAAGGUAAGUUUAAUAUGCAUCUGAUUUUGUAGACAGCGAGACAAUAGUGAAGAUGUUAACCAUUGUUUCUAUUUGAACUUCCUCUGAGGCUCCUUUCAGCCUCGUAUUGUUUAGAUCACGCAGUUGUGGUAGGAUUGAACAAGUGAUGACAUCCACCAGUUUAUCGAGCGAAGUAUCAAUCUUUAGCGGAUAAACUUCCUCUGAGAUAGAGAGGGCGACGAUUAUUAUAUUUUUGGAAAAACUUUAAAUUGGUCCCUCUACGACAAAUAUGGUUUCAAUUGGAUAGUUAAAGUAUAAAAUCAGGCAAGAUUUAGCCUAAAAUAGUCAAAUGUCUACUAGUGUUAUUUCUUCACAUGAUUCUGUCACAUCCUUCAUGCACGUCUCUUUUUUUGCGCCAAAAUUAGUGCCGUUUACUUAGAAAUUCAAUUAUAAUCACAGAAUUUCUAAGUGCUGUUAAAUUAAAUCAUGCAAUGUUGUGCAGAAUUAUUUCCUAGCAAAAUACAAGAAAUCAAGAAAACCAUUGAAAUUAUGAAUUUAUUUGUUCAAACUUGCAUUUAAAUUUUGAUUUUGGCACUAAAAAGUAGUUCAAUUAAAAAAUUAAGCAAUGCAUUGUUUUAGAUUUUUCUUAAAAAAAUGAAUUAAUAUUAUCUUUUUAAAAAUACAUUUUUACCCUUAUAGUUUCCAAUAUUCUACUUUACAACUAUAAGUUUUAAUUUGUACCUCUGAUAAUAAAUAACUAACAAAAAAUAACCUUUUUAGUUUUUAAAAUUUAUUUUAUUUUUCUUACUUCUCUCCCACUUUCUCCCUCUAAAAUAUGUUAUAUAUCUCACAUGAACAUUUAAAAAAGACCCCAAAAACUAAAUUUAAAUAUAGGGGUAGGAAUGAUAAUUAUUAUGAGCUUAAAUAAAUAAAAGUGACGGGGGGAUGCUUUUUAUAAAAAAAUUAUAUGAUAAUUAUUUUUAUUGUAAUAUUUAUUUAAUUAUUAAGAUUAUACAACGAUUUAUUGAAUUUAAAAAUCCUAAUUCUAGUUGGAUUCUAUUAUUCACGAAGAGUUCUUUUCCUGUAAGGAUUCUAGUGCUAUUAUAAAGGGAUGUCUAGCUUGUUUUUUUUUUUUAUUAGAGAUCAUUAUUCAGAACUUUCCAAGCAAAUUAAGUACUUCUUUCUUCUAUAAACUGCGUCACAAACUACUACCAUGCGUGAAAGUGAUCAUGAGAUCGAUGCCAAAAGCCUGAAGCAGAAGAAGUUACCGAACAACAUGGAUGAGGAAAUAAAUAUGAUAGAAAAUCUGCCAGACGCCAUGCUUCUGCACAUCUUGUCUUUCCUUCCGGCAAAAGAUGCCCUCAAAACUAGCAUAUUAUCUAAGAGAUGGCGACAUCUAUGGAUGUCUGUUUCCAAUCUUUACUUUGAAGAAUGGAGACCUGAUAAAUUUGUGAUGUUCAUGAAUUCUGCAGAAAGGGCGAUGAUGUGUCGUGAUGUUCCAAGAAUUGAGAAAUUCUCUCUCUCAAGUCAUAUGUUAAAUAGUGCAUGUAUUAAUGCACUGAUAAGUAAUGCACUGAGCUUUAAAGUGCAAGACUUUUCACUUCGCCUUGUCUAUGUUGGUGUGCCAAUAUUGUUACCUCAUCACCUUUUCUCUUGUCCAACACUAACUGUUCUGAAUCUAGAAGAAGUUACUCAAUUUCCUUGCACUGCAUGUCUUCCCAAUCUGAAGAAGGUAAGAUUGUCAUGUUGUUUACUUCCGCAUCAGCAGUCACUGUUGCAGUUCUUUUCCGGUUGCCCAAAAUUGCAGAAGCUGAUUCUGAAUCGAUGCUUUUGGAGGGAUGCAAAUCUUGGUUUUAUUUCUACUCCCAUGCCUGAACCGGUGGACAUUACUCAACUUUCUUCUACUACAUGUCUUCCCGAUCUGAAGGAGUUGGAAUUGUCAUUUUGUCUACUUCCAUAUGGGCAGUCAAUGGUGCAGUUCUUUGGUGAUUGCCCAAAAUUACAGAAGCUAACUCUGAAAGAAUGCCAAUGGGGGCUAGCAAAGUGUCUCUACAUUUCUACUCCCAUGCUCGAAUCCUUGGUCAUUUGUGAUGCUACUUCGAGUAGUGGUUGUAAAGUCGUGAUUUCUGGAGCGAAUAUUAAAUCCUUCUCCUACCACGGUGAUCUCACAACUACUUAUUGUUUAUGUUCAUCCUCGAUAGUUGAUGCAUGUAUACAUGUGAGUUCAAAAGGUAUGAUUGAAAGGGAAGGGAGAGAAAAAGAAGUUGCCCAUCGUCUCCAUAAGCUUAUUAUGGAGUGCUGUAAUGUGAAACACUUGGAGCUAUCACCUGAUACUCUUGAGGCUCUUGCUUAUGCAGAAGAACUAGAUCUUCCAGUGUUUCAGAGAUUGACUCGUCUUGAAUUGAAGAGGAAGAGUGUGGAUUUAUCUUGCAGAGCACUGAAUAGAUUGCUACAGAAAUUGCCUCAUCUUGACUGUCUUGAUUUCCGAAUGGGUAUCUUCUUGUCUAAGAAACAUAAAAAUUUCGCAUUGGAUCCAUUGCCUCCUUGUUUCUUGACACAACUCAAGAUCAUCAAGAUCCACACAUUCUCUUUAACUGACGAGGAAUUGCAUGCUGUCGGGAUUUUAUUCAGAGUUUCAACAGUUUUAGAGAAGGUGUAUAUUUCAGGUGGCAGGUUGAACCAGAAUAAGAUAUCCAUGCUCGCUAGAGAAUCAAAAUUUGAAAUCAUUUCCAUGUGAACCAUGCACCUGAUUUGAGUUUUGACAGAAAAUCCCAUGUGUUGAGCCAUUAAAACAACUUGUGCUUUUGCUUUUAUUUUUCUGCAGUAGUACUUUAGGUCAAUGGUAUUUGUAACGGUUCUAGCUGUUCAAUAGGGAUAUUUUGGGUCCGAUUCUGCUACACGUUCUAGUUGUUCUUCAAUUUCCUGCAAAUAUUUUUGGGUCUGAUUCUGCUCCAUGAUUAGAGUAGGUUCUUCGAAAAUUCAUCUGGGAUUUUGUUGUAUCUUAAUGUUUUUAUUUAUUCCAUUGAUGCACAAGCUUUUAUUGCU